AUGAGUACAGAUAUUAAACAUAUCGUUGAUAAUAUUGAAUUGAAUUCAUCACCAAUAAAAAAUGUUCAUUGUAAUGUAACUUGUUUACUUGAUUUACCAAAUGAAGUUUUACUUCUUAUAUGUCGUUAUAUGUCAUCAUAUCAUAUUCUCUAUUCAUUUUAUACACCUUCAACACCUGAAAUGCGUCUUCAUCGUGUUAUUUAUGAUUAUUAUACAAAGAUAAAAGUUGAUAGUAUAACAAAUAAUGAAUAUAUUUAUUUAUUAAACUUAUUUUCUCAUCCAAAAACUCCUCUUCGACCUGAAUCAUUAAUAUUGAGUAAUAGAAAUGUCAGUUGUGUAAUUCAACGUUAUUUUGGUUAUUUAUGUAGAAAUAUAAUUAAAUCAAUAUUUAUUAAUUUAAGAUAUCUUACAUUAAUCAAUAGCUCUUCAAUUGAUCUUAAUACAAUUGAAAGAUAUGAUUUAGAUAUGACACAAAUCAAAUAUUUUCAUAUAACUAUUCGUAAAACGAAUGAAAAUUUUAAUCAAUUUUUCGAAGACAAACCUGAUGCAUCAAUCAAUCGAUUUUUAUUCAGCAGACGACGAAUGUCUUCUUUAAAUAAAGUUACCAUUCGCAUUUCUGAUGGACUUAUAUUAUAUAAGACAUUGAUUCCUCAUCAAUCUCUUCGUUACAUUGAUUUAGUUUUACAAACUAUCAAUGAUUUAUAUAUAUUACUUGAUGAACUUGUACCUAAUGUAGAAGAAAUGAUUAUUCAAAUACGUAAACCACAAAAACGCUCUUGUCGUCGUUCUAAAAAAACAUUAUCAUAUUUUCGAUUAAUUGAAUUUACAUUAUUUGCACAUUAUAUUGAAUUUAUUAUUAAUGAUAUUAAAUCUAUUCUUAAUUAUAUGCCUGCAUUAAUUAAACUAACAUUAAGUAUACGUGAUACACAUGAUUCAAUAUUCUGUGAAGGUCCGAAAUUAGAAUCAAUAUUAAAUAAACAUUUACCACACCUUCAUCAAUUUGUUUAUACAAUGACACAUGAAAUUCAUAAUCAAACAUUAAUUAAAGAUUUUAUUCAAUGGCCAAUGGACAUGGUUUUUUAUGAAGAUGAUAAUAGUAGAUGGAUUCAUAUAUAUUCAUUACCAUGGCCAUCAAAUAAAAAUGAUAAACGUCGAUUACCUCUUGUCAGCAACGGAUAUAAUACAACAAUUACAUCAAAUGUAAAAAAACCUGAAUAUAUGAAUCAUGUAUUGAUUACAAAACAUAAUGAAUUAUACGAACUGGAUACACAUUUUGGUCGAGUUUGUCAAAUAAAAACUUGUUUAUUAAUUGAUAUAAAAUUACCAACACGUAUUACUAAACUAAUUCUUACAGAAGAAGCUCAGACUUUGACAGUACAAACUUCAAUUUGUCAUUUAACUGUUGAACGUCGUUUAAUUAAUGAAAGAGAAAUUUCAAUUCUUGCUCAUCAAUUUCCUAAUGUUAAAUAUUUAAAAUUAUUAUUUACAUUAGAAAAAUCUUUAUAUAUUCGUUGUUUUCAGACAUUAUUUGGUGUUGAUAAUAAUAUUAAUGGGAAUCGUUGUUUUUGGCCGCAAUUAAUAGAUUUUUCAACUGAUUUUUAUAAUGAAUCAAAUAUAAUUAUGGAUGAUAAUGAUGUUAAACAUUGGCUUAUUCAAAAUACAGAUAUGAAAUUUUAUAAGUCUGAAUUUUAUGCUGAUUGUUUUAAUUCAACGUUUCAUAUUUGCUUUUGA